AACAUAUGUUCCUGAUAACAGUUUUGCCUCCAUAUGUUCCUGACCCGCUCCAUAUGUUCCUGACCCUCUCCGCCUCUGACUUCGCAUCCAAUUAUAUUGAAAUUGUUUCUUACCCAUUCACUUUGUUACCUAACAAUUGUGUAUUUUCAAUACAAUUCAAUCAAGAAUUCAGGUCUCAAUAAUUUAAUCCUAUGAAGAAGGGCAAAGAAUAUAAGAGAAGAUUGGAAAGUUUGAUUGAGUUGGAUAAAAUUAGCGAGACUAGGGUUCAAGAUGUAGCUUGGCUCUGUUCACUUUCACAAUCUGAGAUUGAUAUGCUGAUUAGCUUGAAAUUGUUGAUAAUUAAGCGGGCAACAAAGAUAGGAUGUAAGAAAUUGGCUGAUCAAUUUGACCUUAAGAUGCUUCGAGGCAUUGCAUUUGUUUUGAUGGAAAAUCUCAAAGCAGAGAUAAAAGACUCAUCUCUUAUACCAGAUAUGGUGAAAUCUUCUGAUUUUUUAGAUGCGUGCAACCUACUGAACUGUAAUAACGAGGUUUCUUCAACUGUUGAAGAGCUAAGUACAAGUGUUGGUGCCGAUAUUCAACCAAUUCUUCAAGGACAUGUAAAAGACCGAGGGACAAAAUAUUCUGCCAACUCGUGAAGUUUUUGAAAAUUGCAGUAACCUUUUGGUAAACGGCAGGUAACAUUUUUUGUUGUUGCGGAUUUACGUACGACUAUGUUUCCCAGCAACGUUCAUAUUUUUUCAUAGGAUUUAUCAAUGUCCGUAGCAAAUUUCGCAGCAAAUUCGUUGCAAAGUUUAAGUAUGUUAUUCUUAGGAAAUUCCGCAGGUAAAUUUCAUGUCAAUUUUUAUGAUUUUAUUUUUAUAUAAAUAA